AUGGGGAAUCAAACUGCGUACCUGAGUACAUUGCCAUUUGGCUGCAUCCCAGAUGAUUGCGCAGAUUUAUUCCGUCUGUUCCUGAAACACGCCAACACGCAAUGGUUGGAACUGUGCCGCAGGGCUGGGGAGUGUCUGUCCAAGAGGCGCGUUGACCAACUAACGUUCCGGGGCAAAAGCCCCCAUAUGAUGGAUGACCUAGCAAAGGAUGCGCAGAAAUUGGCCAACCUUCGUCUCUGUCUGGCAAAUCACAUCUCACAGGCUAGAGUGUUUCUGGACGAACCUAAGAUGACGGUACACAGUUCAUACAGUACUCGAAAUACCGUGCUAAAGAUGUUGGAAGAGGACUUUGAGACUGGAAUCAAGACAAAGUUGAACGAGCUGGAUCAGAUAGCCAGAGACCUCCUUCAGAUUGUAAGU